AGCACUACACUAGGCUAAUGUCUCUCAGGAGGCCUACCAGUCCCUCGGGCUCACAUUCUGCAAGUCCUAGGCAUCCUGGCAGGCGUCGUCGAGGGGAUGGCGGGACGGAGGGAGGAGCCUAUCAGGGUCCGAGCCGGUUGGUGGAUGGGGAGGGAGAGUGGGCGGAGCCUAGGGCAGGGCGGUUCCGCGCUCUCCCUUGCCUGCAGCGAGCCCGGCUCACCUCUGACUGUCCGGGGACAUGACUGGCACGCCCGGAGCUGCUACUACCGGGGAUGGCGAGGCCCCCGAGCGCUCCCCACCCUGCAGUCCGAACUACGAUCUCACGGGCAAGGUGAUGCUUCUGGGAGACUCAGGCGUCGGCAAAACCUGUUUCCUGAUCCAAUUCAAAGACGGGGCCUUCCUUUCCGGAACCUUCAUAGCCACCGUCGGCAUAGACUUCAGGAACAAGGUGGUGACAGUGGAUGGCACCAGGGUGAAGCUUCAGAUCUGGGACACUGCAGGGCAGGAGCGUUUCCGAAGUGUGACCCAUGCUUAUUACCGAGAUGCUCAAGCCUUGCUCCUGCUGUAUGACAUCACCAACAAAUCUUCCUUUGACAACAUCAGGGCCUGGCUCACAGAGAUUCAUGAGUAUGCCCAGAGAGAUGUGGUGAUCAUGCUGCUAGGUAACAAGGCUGAUGUAAGCAGUGAAAGGGUGAUCCGUUCCGAGGAUGGAGAGAUGCUGGCCAGGGAGUAUGGUGUUCCCUUCAUGGAGACCAGUGCCAAGACUGGCAUGAAUGUGGAGCUGGCCUUUCUGGCGAUUGCCAAGGAACUGAAAUACCGUGCAGGCAGGCAGCCUGAUGAGCCCAGCUUCCAGAUCCGAGACUAUGUGGAGUCCCAGAAGAAACGCCCCAGCUGCUGCUCCUUUGUGUGACUCCCAAGGGGCUAAGAGGAGGUGCAGAGACCCUUGGGAAUGCAGUUAUUCUAACUGCCAAGCCAACUAGGAGAGAGCUGGGCUUCAGUGGGCAGCCCUGGCCAGAGAGGUAGCUGCCGACCCAGUUCCUCUAGCUUCCCUGUGUCAUGGGAAGGCUAAAACAAUCGUACUUUAUCUUAGUAUAUACAAACUAAAACCAAAAAAGGAUACCAGUGUGCCACCCCCUCCC